GCUGAAGCGUCAACCGGUCCACAGUAGUUCGCACGUAAUACGACAUGGUCACCGCCGCGACGUCGGGUUGCCGCGAUCGCGAUCUACGGAAGUCCAACGGUCGUCGUCCGGUGGCGGAGGUGUUGAUGGUUAUGUUCAUGCUAGCGCUGGGGCUGUUAUCGCUACUCGAGCCGACGGUCGAUUGCCGACGGGCCGUCAAGCGCAGACACCAUUGGAGGGCGAACUUGAUUAAAAACUAUUUGAAAAAUCACAAGAGUCUCGAGGGAAUGGUGAGGCUAGUCGACGGCGAAUCCGAGUACGAAGGUAACGUGGAGAUCAUGCAUCUUGGAAAAUGGGGCGCCAUCUGCGAUGACGAAUGGGAUGCGCGAGAAGGACAAGUGGUGUGCAGACAACUUGGUUACAACGGCACGUCGAGGGUUACGCACAGUUCGCACUUCGGUCAAACAGCCAGAAAGUAUUGGAUGGACAAUACUCAGUGUGGUGGUCAAGAGAUGGAAAUUUCUGAGUGCCGGUUUGAUAGUUGGGGCGAGAAUGAUUGUGACCCGUCCGAGGCAGCUGGCGUGGUGUGCGGUUCGCCGGAACCCGAAAAGCCCAAAUACUCUGUGCCUGCAGUGACGGUUUCGGCAAAAAAAGUCGUCCGAAAAAAUAGGAUCAAAGACACUUCGGGAUCGGAUAUUGAAUUGCGAUUGGCUGGAGGCAGGACAUCGGAAGAAGGCAGAGUGGAAGCAAAGACUAACGACGGUUGGGGCGUGAUAUGCGGCGACGGAUUCGGAGUGCUAGAAGCGUUGGUCGUGUGCCGUUCCAUUGGGCUUGGGUAUGCAGCAGCCGCCUUCCAGACAGACCGGUUCGGUGGGCUGGAUCUUCCGGUCGUAUUGUCGGCAGUCGAAUGUGCUGGAAACGAAUCGUCGCUUGCUAACUGCUAUCACCAGCACAAGGCAACGUGUUCGACCAGGAAAGAGACGGUAGCCGCCGUCGUGUGUGUCCGAGAGAUGGCGGAUUUGGCGGUGAACGCUGACGAACUGAUCAGAUCGGCGUACCUGGAGGACAGACAGAUGUAUUUCUUGCAGUGUGCCAUGGAAGAGAAUUGCCUGGCGUCGUCUGCGUACCAGCUCCGGCGAGACGAAAUCGAUUGGCACUUGAUCACCCGGCGGUUGCUGCGGUUUACCGCGAAAAUCACAAAUGUCGGUACCGCUCCGUUCCGGCCGGCCGUGCCAAAACAUCUGUGGCAGUUUCAUCAGUGUCACAUGCACUACCAUAGCAUGGAAGUAUUUGCCACUUUCGACGUGCUAGACGGGGGUGGCAUGAAGGUUGCCGAAGGACACAAGGCGUCGUUUUGUUUGGAAGACAACCAGUGCACGGACGGCGCUAGGCCAGCCUUCGCGUGCGCUGAUUACGGUGACCAAGGCAUAUCGGUUAACUGCUCGGAUAUUUACCGGCAUAACAUCGACUGUCAGUGGGUGGACGUAACUGACCUGAACCCAGGGCUAUAUACACUCAAGGUGUCUGUCAACCCUGAGCACAAAAUCCCGGAGAUGACGUACGACAACAACGCGGCGGUGUGCUCCAUGUUCUAUUCCGAGACGUUCGUGAAGAUCCACGACUGUGUCCUAGAAAAUCCGUAGUGGACAGAAGUUUCGUCAAUACCGCCGUUUGCAUCGAUUAUGCGUUUAUAUUAUAAAGCUCUAUAUCAUUGUGAAUCCGUAUAAAACAAUAAUAUAUUUACACAAUAUUAUAAACGUAUUACGUGUAUUACACCGUACAGCGAAAAUGGUUCCCAAUAUGUUUUUGAAUAACUGUAUAUAGCUCCGGUGCACAAUCAAUAAUUAUUUAAUUUCACAGUUUUCGCAAUCGCCUAAAAGUUUGCACAUCUAGUCGUUCGUAUACAUACGCCGACUUUAUAUGAUCUAUACCUGUUAACGAAAACAAAUAAUUGCGUACAACACGAAUAACCCAAUCAUUUUUUUUUUUUUUUUAGUUGUUAUUUUUGAUACUGAA